GUCGAGCCGAAUUGAUUGAUGGAUUUGGAUUUUACGCUUUGCCAUCGUUCGCUAGACCACCACAACACAACGCGCAGAUCGCCACGACCCAACGCCUACACGCCGCUCCGACAGCAGCUGCCGACACACUCCCGCAGACUGGCGACCGAUUGAUAUCGCCAGCAUGUCGUCCUCGGCGUCCCGCGGCGGCGGCGAACGCAUGAUCCACCAGGACUUCAUCGCCCGCAUCCGCUUCUCCAACACACUCCCGCCGCCUCCAAACCCGCCCAAGCUACUCGAGAUCCCCAACACGGGGCUCUCGAGCGGCCAGUACACGAACCCGGGCUUCGCCUCGCGUCUGGCGCGUGAGCAGCCCCUCAACAUCGAGGCCGAUGCCGAGCUGGGCAUGCCUUUGGACCUGGUCGGAAUGCCGGGCGUCUUUGACGGCGAUGAGAGCUCAAUCCAAGCACCGCCGCACAACCCAGCGGUCAGCCCGCACGACAGGCCGCUCCUCCGGCCGCUCGCGACGCUGGGCAAGCCCAAGAUGAACGACACGGCCGUCUCGUUCCUGCGCAAGACGGAGUACAUCGCCACCAGGCGCGGGCCCAGCGAUACGGUGGCCUUCCUGCGGCCGGGGGCCAGGCGGCCGGGCAUGGGGGCGCCGGUGCGGCGCGCCCAGAAGCGGGCGAGCCCCGAGAUCGACGAGGACGCGGGAACGCCGGCACACGUUAAGCGCAAGAUCGCGCAGUCGUUCAAGGCGGCCGCGCACGACCUUUCGGACCCGGCCGCGCACGUGCGGCACCCGCGCAGCCGGCCCGGCGCGCCGUCACGCGUCACCGUCGUCUCGGCGCUGCCGCUGCUGCCCGAUCUCGACGCGUUCCCCGACAGCGGCGCCUACCUGACGAUCAAGUUCCACAACCCGCCGCUGGCGGGCGUUCCCGGGGCCGACGACAGCACGUACGACACGCGGCUGCAAUCCUCGGUCAUGAUCCCCGUCGAUAGGAGCGACGAGGAGGAGAGGAGGUUCGCCGCCGCGCUCGAGGCCUGGGAGCGCGACCCCAAGAGCGGGCCCAGGCCCACCAACCCCAUCGCCUACGACUUCUUCCUGCCGCAGUCGGCCGAGGUCGGCGCAAAGUUCCGCCGCCGCUUCGACGUGGCCGACCCGGACCGCGACGAUGACUCGCUCUACACGACGUCGACGGGCGGGCGUGACGACAAGGGCUGCUUCCGCUUCCCGCACAUGCGCCGGUUCGAGACGUCGGACGAGACGGAGCUGACGCACGAUUCAAAGUACGACGUCGAGGUGAUCCUGUCGCUCGCCGACGAUGGCGGCGAGGGCGUCGCCGGCCCCGCGGCCCUCAUGUACCCCGUCAUGCAGCGCACCACGAUAAGGUCGCAGCGCGGCAAGAACAUCGCGAGGACCCGCGGCCUCGGCCUGCCCGACGACGACGAGCAGCAGGGCAUCGAGCGCCUCGACAUCACUGUCGAGGACCCGGCCCCCGAGGUGGCAGAGGUCAUGGAGCAGUUCAAGACGGAGCCCCGCCCCUUCCAGGCCGACGACGACAACGACGAAGAGAAAGAAACCCGGCCCGGUGACGACGGCGAGGGGGGCACGCGGCAGUCAUCCGGGCGCGCCCGUAGCCCGGCGUCAGCCAACGGUGCCGACUCGGACGAGCAGGACGCCGAGGGUGACGAGGAGUAAAAGACGAAAAAAAAAGAAAAGAAACCGUGGAAGGACCGGCUGGCUUGGCCCUGGACUAGCGGCGAGGCACAGGAUAGAAAUGGGCCGGCGGCAUGUACUUGUAUCACAUAGCGCGGGUUACUGCCUCCAUAAUUGCUCUCUGGCGCAUAUCAUCAUCAUCAUCAUCUCUUUAACUCGGCACAAAUCGCACGGCGUUUUCUUUACGUUAGAGUCUCUGGCAUCGAAAUAGGAAAGUUUGUUGCCUUCAAAGUGCUAGACGGGGUGGUUGGUGGACACGGAAGCAGAUGAUAAUCAAACAGUGC